CAGGAUUUUGCCGCACGAGGGCCACAUGCUAAUGUAGCACUUCAUUCAGACCUCGUGUUCGCCCUAUUAAGAUUAUUACUCGGGAUUAAUCCACAGUUGAGUAGCCGAUGCCGAACCAACUAGUCAGUUAGAUUAAAUAGAGACGAAUAACAGUAUUUUUUAUUUUGCAAUAUUGUUAUAAUUAGUUCAAAUAUUAACGAACUUGACCAAUUGCGAAUAUCCAUCAAAGAAAGAUAACAAAUAUCUAUUUUAUAAAAAUGGAAGAUGAUGAUGAUGUGUUACCUUUUGUAUCAUCAAUCCAAUCUCAAAGGGUUGUUAAAAGAUACUUUACUGAAAGUUACGUACACACACAAGAAUCAAUGUAUACUUGGAAAAUAAAAAAUUUCUCACAUUAUUUUUUUAGAGAGGCAGAUGCUAUUAAAUCGUCAAUAUUUAAAACGCAAAUAUCAGACCACGAAUCUUUAUCAUGGUUGCUAUCUUUUUAUCCGUGCGGGAACCAAGCAGGUUAUGAAGAUCAUGCUGUGUUAUCGAUAGAUCAAAUAGAACAGGAAACGUAUCCAGAAGAAAUACCAACAUUGUACUUCAAGUGUUCUAUCCAGUAUGAAGAUAACGGAUAUCUUCGAGAAGAAGUUCGAUAUGAAAAUCGCAUGUUAUUCGAUAAUAUCGUAGAGACUGAAAGUCAUUUUAUUCCAGAUUUUAUAAGAAGAUCAGAAAUGGAUCGUUACUUGCAAAAUGGUUAUUUAACAAUAAGAUGUAGAGUAUACGUACUUGCAGAUAUAACGCAAGUCGAAACUGUCCAAACUCCACCAAUAGAUCAUCAAUCAACUAUGGACCAUCGAAUACAGGAGCUAAGAGAUUUUUGUCAACUAUAUAAAAACGAGAAGUUUUCCGAUGUGGAACUUAUUGUUGGCGAGGUAAAAUUACCCGCGCAUAAAUGUGUAUUGUCCGUUCGCAGUCCUGUGUUCUUUUCUAUGUUUGAGCAUGAUAUGAAAGAACAAAAUGAAAAUAAAGUAACAAUAACCGAUAUUAGGAGCACUGUCAUGACGGAAGUUCUACGUUUCAUUUACACGGCAAAAGUUAAUAAGAUUGAUACUAUUGCGGCGGAGAUUUUGGCUGCCGCAGACAAAUAUCAACUCACUGGAUUAAAGAAAAUGUGUGAGGAAUAUUUGAGCACACAGUUGAGCGUAGAAAAUGCCUGCGAAAUUCUUUUGGUUGCUGAUCAAACUAACACUGAAAAACUUUAUAAUACUACGCUCGAUUUUAUAACGAUUCAUGCCAAUGAAAUUGUUACCUCAGAGAAGUUCGAUACAACUAUCAAGACUUACACCUAUGACUUGCUGUUGGUUCUUCUUAAAAAUCUCAUGUUAAAAAUGUAGUUUGUAUUUGUAUUGUAGAAUCGAUAUGAAGUGAUAUUUAAAUGUAACUUCACGAUGAUUCCAAUUAUUUUUUAUUUCAUUAUAAUUUAUUGUAAACUAAUAAAGACUCUUUUAAGUAA